GAGCCAGCCGGCUAGCCAGCUCACUCACAACAUUGAAUAGACACACGGCCAGUCGCGAGCAUUAGUCCUCCCCGGACCUCGAUCCAACAAACCACGAGAAAGUCACCGAUAACAAGCUACGAUGUCAAUCACGUCGAGCUCCAUUCCGAUCCGACGUCUGGUUACGGAUCCCAGCCAACUGCCAUCUGACUAUUCUCGAACGCCGGGAGGCACCUUGUUCAGCACAACUCCGGGAGGAACUCGAAUCGUUUAUGAUAGGACAUUUCUGUUGUCACUUCAACAGUCACCACUAUCCCAAACACCACCGUCAUUGCCAACGAUCCCAGGUUGCACAGUGCCAAAGGGAUCUCUAUCGGUCUCGCCGAAAAAAGAAUUUCAUGUGCCUCAAGCGGUGGAUCGUCGCAGCAGUAAGACAGGUGCCGACGACGAGCAGUUCGCCAUAGAUAUCUAGUCACUCGGUCUACUUCUGGAGUCCAAUUUCCCAACAAGGAAGAAGAGGCACGAAUGCCGAGGAAAGAGGGGAAAGCAAUCAUUAUCAAAGCUCGCGGACUUCCAAUCAUCUACAAUAUCUUCCCGUCGGCCAGAUGUACUUUCGAAUCGUUGAGCGAUUUUUAUCGAAGUAGGCGAGACCCCCGGAUGCUCCCGAGGACUCCAAUGUAGAGGAGAUCGGAACAUCCGGAAGAAUCCCUUUAUACACACAAUAUUCUUCCAAUUUCGACAAAGACAGUUACUUUAUUCCGAACAACGAAACGUAAACCCGCCGCCAGCAACAUUCUUCUGUCUUCAAGCGCAUCCGAGAGCUUCGAUUGACCUUCGAGCUUCUCGGACUCUUGUCUCAUGGCAGAGGCCCCAAGAAAUUACUCGAAACCACUCAUCGGGUUCUCGAUAUAUGAUGAGUGGUACUAACGCUCCUUCACUAGAGUUCGUCCGGAACAGCUUUCGGAAGAUUCGCGCAGAAUCACUCGGAAGCUGAUUCCACGAUUGUUUUACGGAAAAUGCUUGCCUGAACCUUUAGGACGGCACAAAUGAUGAGGGAGCGUCAACAAUCAGGACUUCUGCGGAUCUGAUAUGAGAUCCAUAAGAGUAUAAACAUAUAUUAACCAACUGCCGAAUGUUUCCAAAGGGACGAAGGACCGAACAGACGAGAAAAUUCGAAGCAGGAGCGAAAAUACGAUUUUUGAAUGUAAAUAAAAUGUUGAAUUUACAUGUUUCACAC